AAUUAUGCCAUGCCCAACGCUGGUGAGAUGCUCACCCGGCUCAGCUCUUUAACAAGAAGGCCACUCCAUGCCUGGGCAUUAGAGCUGCCCCAAGGCGCCUAGUUCACCUUGUGCCACCACCAGUUAAGCCAAUGGCUUCCAGCAACGAAAUAGCUCCCAGCAAUCCAAUGGAGCCUGGCGACCAAAAGGCCUCCAGCCAGCCUGCUGUGGGCAACAAGCCUUCCAGUCAUUCCACGGAGUUUCAGCUGCGGAAGUACCUCCUGCUACUGGCCACACUGGUGGCGACGGUGACGUACGUCGCCGGGCUAAACCUGCCAGGGGGAGCCUGGCAGGAGGACACGAAGGAUGGCCUCCACCGCGCAGGCGACCCGAUCCUCCAGUACGCCCACCACAGCCGCUACCUCGCCUUCUACUACUGCAACGCGACUGCAUUCGCCGCAUCGUUGGUGGUCUGCCUCCUCCUCCUCGUCCUUGAUGGGACGAACACAGGCUGGGAGGCUCUGCUGCGUGUGGUCAUGGUGCUCGAUUUACUUGGCCUCAUGGGGGCCUAUGCUGCUGGCAGCUGCCGGGAUACAUUCACAACAAUCUACUCUGCUUUGCUGGUCUGUGCCGUCUUCGCCUACAUUGUAAUAUCUUUCUCUGCCUUUGUCAUCUCCAAAAAUUCGGUGCUGGCGGUGGUGCUGCCCAAGAAGCAAGGCGAUGACACCGAGAAGCAAGGCAAGGAUACCAGCACACUUGAGCACGAAGACGAACUGCGGGAGGUCUUGAUGUUGCUCGCGACCUUUGCAGUCACCAUCACAUAUGUGGCCGGGCUGAAUCCACCAGGUGGCUUCUGGGGCGAGGGCAACCACAAGAUGAGCGACCCGGUUCUGCAGGAACACUACCUCAGCCGCUACCAGGCGUUCUUCGUCUGCAACACCACCGCAUUCAUAGCAUCCCUGCUCAUCAUCAUCCUACUCGUGGACAAGAAGCUGAGCAGCAAUAAAUCCGUACGGUUUGUUGCUCUGCACGGGGUCAUCAUCACAGUGCUCUUUGGCCUCAUGGGCGCAUAUGCUGCUGGGAGCUGCAGGGAGGUCGACGACACCACCUAUGUCGUCUGUCUCAUCGGUGCAGUUCUCGCGUACAUCUUCCUCCAAGCGGCGCUUACCAAAGCGGUAAAAAAGAAGGUUCCCAGUCCCAUACAUGAAUCUCCUUCCAAAUGGCUGAAACUGAAAGCAAUAAAGAGUUUCUUGGGAUCAAAGCACCAACCUGAACGAGAUCAAACCGGCAGCGGGAACACACAACACGAAGAGGCGGUGGAAAAGGCCCGCUCUCUUGUUCUGUUGCUUGCUACUCUUGUUGUGAGCAUCACGUACCAGGCAGGAUUAGAUCCACCAGGUGGCCUCUGGCCUGCCGAUGGACGUGCUGCCAAUGGGCGUGAUUAUAAGAAUGGUGACCCAAUACUCCUCACAACGCAUCCUAACCGGUACAAAGUGUUCUUUUACAGCAACUCAGCAGCCUUUGUGGCAUCCUUGAUCGUCAUCAUAAUGGUCCAGAGCAGAUUUCUGCUUAAACGCCACACACUGGAGGCAGCCAUGAUACUGGAUUUGUUCGGUCUAAUAGGUGCAUAUGCUGCAGGGAGUUGCAGAGAUGAAAUCACCUCCAUAUAUGUUGUCGCCUUGGCAGGAAUUGUCCUUGUAUAUGUGGUGAUCCAUAUCAUCUUCUUCACCCUAGAUCAUGAGGACAACCGUCGAGAUGCUAAAAAGUUGGAGAACAGGCGUGAGGUGCUGCUGCUCCUUGCGAUCUUGGCUGCGACACUCACUUACCAAGCUGGAUUAACACCACCAGGUGGCUUCUGGUUGGAUGAUGAAGAUGAACACCGUGCAGGCUACCCGGUCCUCUACGAUAACUACCGUCCACGUUACAGUAUAUUCUUCUACUGCAACGCGGCAAGCUUCAUGGCAUCCGUAGCUGUCAUUGUUCUCCUUGUGAACCCAAACCUAUACAGGCCAGGCAUACGGUGCUAUGCACUAUAUGUAUGCAUGGUGGUGGGCAUGUUUGGCCUCAUGGGAGCCUAUGCUGCUGGGAGCUCCCGGGAUUUGCGCACCUCCAUCUAUGUGUUAAUAUUGGUUGUUGCUGUGUUUGCUUUUGUAGCCUUGGAGGUAGUCAUUUUCUGGGUUUACCCAUACCUAAAGAAACUUCUAUCAGGAGAUGUUAACAAGGAAAGUGGAUCCUCCGGCAGCAACACAGAACAGAAGACAGGUCCUCAAAGUGAAACUACAGGAAAGACACCAGAAGCACAGAAAGAAAAGAACAUGCGUGAAUACUUGAUGCUGCUAGGAGUCCUGGCUGCGAGUGUUACCUAUCAGAGUGGCCUUAAACCACCUGGUGGCCUGUGGCAGGAGGACAGAAAUGGUCACUCUUCCGGUAAUCCAAUCCUGCACGACAUCAACAAAGGCCGGUAUUAUGCUUUCUUCUUCAGCAACUCCACUUCCUUCAUGGCUUCCAUUGUCGUCGUCAUCUUGCUGCUUCCAUGGACCCUGCACAAACAUAAAUUGCCCCUCUGGCCAAUGCAGACAGCUAUUUUGCUAGACAUGCUCGGCCUCCUGGGGGCUUAUGCAGCAGGUAGUACCAGGGAUUGGGUGACGUCCAGGAAUGUCAUCUAUUUGGUCAUCCCUGUCCUAGCCUAUAUUGCAGCCUAUGCAGCAGUGUCACUCUUCCGCAAAAGAAGGCGAUGUCACAACUCGCCUGAGGAUGUCUGAUGAGCAUCAUUUAUCUGGCAAUGAUGAAGACCAAAAGUGAUGAAGUUCUUUGAUUUCUACUUUUUUUUCAACUGAGUCCUAUGUUUGUAAAUUUGUAUUAAGAUGUUGUGUUGUUUAUCCAUGUGUUCUCCAAAAGGUAUUUAAUGGGCAUAUCAAUGAGUUCUUAUAAGGUUUAGUGUAA